UGUGUGGGUUUCCAUUCUGAAGCUUCACAGUGUUUUCACUUGAAUGAGAGCCAAGGAGCUUUAUAAAAGGGAGGCACAGAAACUCCUCCUGUACAAAACCUGCAGCUUUACAACCAGGUCUUCACUCUGAGACGUCUUAGAGCCAUGGUUUUGCAGCCGUUUGAUUGCACUUUCUUUGUGAUAGUGUGCAUCUUUUUCGAAAGCUGCUUUGCUUUUGACAAGGGUGUUGGACAAGCAAAAAAUGAUGCUACAGAAAUAUUGUACAAUCACCAUGUGGUAAGACCUGAAAGCCCAAGCAAUUUAACGUCAAAUCAAGCAAGAAAUGGAGGACGACAACCUACCUCCGUGCAGCUGAAUCGCAAUGAUCGCACUCAGGUCGGCUGCCGGGAACUGAGAUCCACCAAAUACAUUUCGGACGGGCUGUGCACCAGCAUUAACCCGGUGAAGGAGUUGGUCUGCGCUGGGGAGUGCUUACCGAUGCCGGUCCUCCCCAAUUGGAUCGGGGGCUACGGCAGAAAGUACUGGAGCAGGAGAAACACCCAGGAGUGGCGCUGUGUGACCGACAAGACCCGCACCCAGAGGAUCCAGCUCCAGUGCCAGAACGGGGGCACCCGCACCUACAAGAUCACGGUGGUCACCUCCUGCAAGUGCAAGAGGUACACCCGCCAGCACAACGAGUCGGGCCACGUCAACUUGGAGGAGGCCAAAAAGAGGCCAUCCCAGAGCAAGAAAAGAUCCCGCAAGGCGGGCAGGGGGGAGGCCAGGCACAAGGCCAACUGGCACGACAUCGAGGAUAAGCAGUGAAUUCCUCCCACUGCCUGGACCGCACUGGGCAGGGAUGGAUGGGAUGGGAUGGACUGACUGCCCCCUCCCCUAUUGCUGUUGCUGUUCUGCAUUUUAUUAACUAAAGCUUAUUCCGUACGUGUUAGGUAUGAUUCAAUAAAGAAGGAUGAGUGGUACGGUCCGGCAUAUAAGUAUUAUUCACCAGAUCCCUGCACCGGCAGCACCUGCUCGGGGUCCUGGUGCUUUAACGUUUUCAAUAGCAUUCCUCACUGUGCAUCAUUCACACCCAACACAGCUCCAGACAGGCAGUGAUGGUGCAGCGUUGGUCUGUUCAAACAGAAAUUAAAAUGAGAUGCAGCAAUGUUGGCUCCUCAGCACUGAUUCGAACUGCAGUCCCUUCUGUUUGAAGCCAAAGAAGCUUCAAUUGUCCCAGUUAUCCUUUAUUUUUUUGCUUCUGGUGAAUAUUAUUUCUUCUUUUUCAGAUGAACUGGUUAUUCUAUGUAGAUACAGUUGAUAUUUCCUGCAUUAAGAACACUAAUCUGCUUAGUGCUCCACGUGUGAUUUAAAAUAUCUUGUUCUCAAAUCUGCUGUGCCUCCAGAAAUUUAAUGAUGCAUCUUCGGGGCCCAAAGAGUAGCAGAACAAGGGUAUGAAGUAAAUAAAUUGUGAACAUUUAUUUACCAUUACCUAACCCAUCAUUCGUUAUUUAUUCAACGCAAUCGAAAAUUUUAUUAGUUUCUGUUGUUUAUGAAUACAAACAACAACUUGCAUUUAUAUAGUGCCCUUCACACAGAGCGAUAGCAUUGCAGACAACCAUCCAGGAGCUUACCAUUUAACAUAGAGUCCACCAAAACUUGAUUCCAUUGGCUCAUUUAAAGCAACUACAUGCAAUGUUUAUUUAAUGGACAAGGACUAUAUAAGCCAAUUCUCCUAUUAAAUCUGAAUGAGGACAUGUGCAUUUCAGCAGUUACAAAGAGCUUUCGCUAUCUAUUUAUUAUUUUUCAAUGUAAUUAUUUAAUAAACAGUUACAUUUGGUACUAGAGAAAUAUUCAUUGUAUGUUUUUAUGGUUUUGUCAUGUAUCUAAAUAUUUUUCAUAUUUUGUAGUCAGAGAUUGGAAUGUAAAUACUGUAUGUAUAAUGUAAGAUACACUUUGUAUUGGUAAUAGCGUUCUUGCUAUUCAAAUUUUCCAGUCUUACUUUGAACUUUUUGUUGCAGGGUUUUUAAGAGUGUACAAACUCUAAAAUUAGCUUUACAUUACCAAUAACUCAAAGGCAAAUCACUGUUAAUUUCUUUACAAAUCCACUGUUUUGAUUUAAGAAGCCAUUUUGUCUAGACUUUUUAAUGUCUUCCACCAGUGUCAUGUGCUUUCUCACAAAAUAAAACUAUAGGAAAAGCAUCAA